GGUCUCCUCCAGAUCAGCAUUCUUUUUGGGGGCAAAAUCGUCUGGCACAGCCUCAGUUGACAGUUGUUGGUCCGUCGAUCGCGAACACUUUCGCCGUUACACUCAUUUACAACCACCUACACUCGUUUACCAGCAACCAUGUUCUCUCAACGCCUCUUGUGGCUUGGUGCCACUCUUCUGGCCUCGUGCUCCCAGCUCGCCAGCGCCGAGUUGCCCGCCGACGCCAUCGAACUCGAUCUUGUCUUCCCUCGUGGCGAUGGCAAGUAUGCCGAGACCACCAACGGCUACCCCGUCCUCCUCAACGUCCAGAACCCCGACGUCGCAUACAAGUACGGCUACAACUUUGUCUGGGACAUCUACUCGAGGAACAAGAACUCGUACAUGCGUACCGCCGCCCACGGCAUUUUGGGCGCUUCCAUCGGAAACGACAGCACCUUUGGCAACGGCCCGCAUCUCGAGGUUGGCAAGACCGGUCACCUCGCUGCAGGCGACUACACAUUCGCCUGGGUCUUUGGCAUGGGCGCCCAAUGCGAGUUCACCGAGCAACCCGACUACAGCGAAUUCAACCUGAAUCCGCGCAUCGCCAACGGUAGCUUUGACUUCACCGUCGAGACCAGCGGUAAGGAGCCGACUUUCACCACUUGCCCGAGCGCUAUUGGCAGCAUGAGCUACGUUUCCACGACGACAUACAACUCCGAGGCCACCAGCGUCUGUGCCGUCACCGCGUCCGUCACCCACGAUUCACAACCCUGCUCGGCUACUGUCAGCAACGAUCAAGCUACUAGCGUCUACAGUGAGCUUGGAUAUGCUCGUGCUACAGGAUCUUCCGGAGCCGCAUCGCUCAACUCGAACUUGCCCUCGUCUCAUUUCGCUCUCAUUGCCGGUGUAGUCGCAGCGGUUGCAAUUUUGGCAUAAGCGCGGUAGACAACCUCCGUCGCAGAUGCAAUUCACAGAGAGACGCGCCAAUGAUGUUACGAAGAGCGGCAGCUGAAAGCGAUGGGCAUUACGACCUGCCCGAUUAGCAGCCCUAUGAACACUUCAAUUCUUCACUCUGCGAGGAUGGGGGGCUGAGCAGCGACAGCGCAUGCAGGCUGCACCAACAGUAUCUUAUCAAAGUUUGCUGUGCCGUUCACGUCUGCCUUGGACUGGUCCCAUCGUGCAGGCGGCACAGUCCUAGUUCCCAUCCACGUUGCUACCCCUCGCGGUACAGCACAGCAACCAAAAAUAAGCCAUAGAUCUGCAAAAGGCGCAGUCCGAGACGGAUCUAGCCCUCCGAGGAGGCUUCGGGUGGUCAGGCUUGAUGCGGGCGAGGAACUUGAGUGAAAAGAUACCGCUCCUCGAGAGAGACAUCCCCC